AAAAUACUUAUUGAAAACAUAAAGACACAUCAUUCAGACACUCGUCAAUAUGAAACGGGUUUGGGUUCUUCAAUAUUCUAUUGUUAUAUUCAUACAACUUAUGGCAUUUAUUAACGGCAAAAGUUAUUACUCAAUAAUUGCGCCGGGUACAAUUAAAUCGAAUCGUAAAUACCCAGUAGCGAUAACAUUACACAAUGCUGAUGAGCCAUGUUCGAUGCGUGUAUCAAUUGAAGGUCCAUCAUUUAAUGAUGCCCAAGAAGUUUUUGUGCGUCCUUUUCAAUCAAAAUUAUUAGAGUUUAUGCCACCAAAACUGUUAGAUGGUGUUUACAAAUUGAAGGCGGAAGGUCUUUCGGGCUUGAUCUUUACAAAUGAAAGUAUUUUAUCGUAUAGUUCCGGUUAUGGUCCACAUAUAUACAUACAAACUGAUAAGGCUAUUUAUAAACCAACAGAUCUGGUACAAUUUCGUGUUGUCAUAUUGGAUGAACAUACGAGACCGUUUAAAAUAAAAGAACCCAUUCGUAUUGAGAUAUUGGAUGAUCUAGAUAACCGCGUUAAGCAAUUUAAAGACAUUGCCCUUAAUAAAGGUGUAUAUACUGGAAAAUUUCCGCUAUCUGAAUAUCCUGUGCUAGGAGUUUGGAAAAUAAAGGUUAUACUGAGUGGAAAAUAUGCCUACUCCGAAUCUAAGACAAUAAAAGUUCAAAAAUAUGUUUUACCCAAAUUCAGUGUUCAUAUCAAAUCUCCAGUGAAUAUUUUACGUGAAGAUGGCAGCUUUAAAAUUGGCAUUUAUGGCAAAUAUACAUACGACAAAUAUGUUGCUGGACAAGCCAUCAUCGAACUGUGGGAACCCAUGAGCGAUAAACUUUUACAAAUGAAGAAAAUCGAUAUAGAAACUUUGGGUUUUGUGGAAUUCAAUUUUCAAAACACUAAAGACUAUGAUAAACUUGAGAGUUUAAAAAUAGUGGCAAAAUUUACGGAAAACUUAACGGGCAUAACGCAAAGUGAAAAUCAUUAUGUGAGUGUGAAAAAUCAAAGAUAUAAUAUAAAAGUUCCAAAGGAAGAUAUAGAGUUUCGUAAUAAUAAACCGUAUCGUUUAAAAGCACAUGUUAAACACUGGUCUGGAGGAGCUGUUUUGGAUGGCAAAUCUCAGGUUGUUAUGAACCAUGGCAACAAGCAAUAUGAAUCGUAUUUGAAUGAUUUUGGUGUAGCGACAUUUGAUUUUGAUCAUCAGCCCACGGCAGAUCAUGUAUUUGUUUAUAAAGAUUCCCAAAUGAAAUUGCCAAAUAUCUUGGCCCAUGAGAGUUUAAGGCUUAAUCAAACAGAAUACUAUUGUCGUUUGAAAUUGGUUGGACAGAGCCUACGACUUGGCAACAUGGUUGAAAUCGAAGUAAGUUCCAUUGAAAAUAUACCAUAUUUUGUAUACACUGUAAUGGGUCAUGCCACCAUUGUACGUAUGGAACUGGUCACGGUGCCAGCAAAUCAAAAAACCUUCAUUAUACGCCUAACACCCUCCAUAGAAAUGAUCCCAACAUCCUUCAUAUAUGUUCACUACGUGCACAAUGGCAAGCUAAGGUAUGAGGAAUUGGAACUGAAAUUUCCAAGUGAAUUCGAAAAUCAGGUUUCGCUUGUGGCGCCCAAAGAAGUAGGGCCUGGUAAAGAGGUUACCAUUGAGUUGAAAGCUGUACCCAAUUCAUAUGUUAGCAUUUUGGCUGUGGAUCUAAGUGUUUAUCUAUUAGAUGCUGAUUAUGAUUUAAACAAACAUGACAUACUUUUUGAUUUAUCGAAUGAUCGAUCGUACGGAACUGCAUUGGAUCCGGGUGUGGUUUCUGGUGUAAUAACAUUGACUAAUGCUCAGUAUCCAUUUUCUAAAAGUAUUCCUGAAUCAACAUUAAGACCAUCAAUAAAUUUUCCAUCCAAAUUUCGCAGCAAAUUUCCGGAAACAUGGAUUUUUAAAAAUCUAGAAAUUCAUGACAGCAUAACCCAUUUAACUUUACAAAUACCCGAUAUUAUAACCACUUGGCGUAUUACGGCCUUCUCAAAUAACGAUCUAAAGGGAUUUGGUAUAGUCAAUGAACCUACCGAUAUCACCACCAUACAACCAUUUUUUAUCUCGCUUAAUCUGCCAUACUCAGUGAAGCGUGGCGAAAUUGUGGCCAUUCCUAUAAUCGUCUUCAAUUAUCUCCCACAAUCCCUGGACACUCAAGUCGUAAUGUACAAUGAAUACCAAGAAUUCUAUUUUAUGGAAUCAAACUUGCAAGAAGCAGAAAAGUCAGAUGACAGCAAACAGCAAAUAAAACAAGUCCAUGUUCCUUCUGAGGUUGGUAGAAUCGUCACAUUUUACAUAAAUCCCAUACAAUUGGGUGAAAUAAGUCUAAAAAUAUCAGCCACUAGCUCUUUGUAUACAGAUGCUAUAGUGCAGAAACUUAAAGUGGUACCGGAAGGUGUAGUAAAGCAUCACAAUAAAGCCAUGUACUUGAGCGUACCCACAGGCGAAACACUUUCAUCAUUCUUCUUUCUUUUAUUCCCCGAGGACAGUGUAACCGAUUCGGAAUAUAUCACCUUAUCGGUGGGUGGUGACUACUUAGUGCCAACUUUAGAAAAUGUUGAAGAUUUAGUACAUCUACCCACCGGCUGUGGCGAACAGAAUAUGAUAAACUUUGCUCCUAAUAUUUUAAUAUUACAAUAUCUGAAAAUCAAUGGCAAAUUAGCGAAGGAAAAAGUUUUGGUGAAAAAACUGCGCUCAUUUAUCGAUGCUGGCUAUCAACAGCAGUUAUCAUUUCGUCAUGGAAAUGGUGGUUAUAGUGUUUUUGGCGAGAAUUCUGAUCCAGAGCCCAGUAAUUGGCUUAGUGCUUAUGUUGUGCGUUAUUUGAUUAAAUCUGCCAAACAUUCUCCAAUUGAAGCGAGAAUAAUUGAUUCCGAUUUGGAUUAUUUGGCCAAACAACAAAAGUCGAAUGGAGAAUUUCCGUAUACGGGUUAUUUGUUUAGUCCCACACAUCAGAAUGAAUACGGAUUAACGGCGUUUGUGUUGUUAACGUUUCUGGAAGAUCGUAAAUAUGCCCAAAAACAUCAAAGAACAAUACAGAAAGGUCUACAGUUUCUUAACUCUAACCUGGACAAAAUCAAAGAUAUUUAUGCUCUUUCCAUUGUUGCAUGUACUCUCAUAAUGGCCAAAGAUAAUAAUGCCAAUCGAGUAAUAGAGAGAUUGAAACAGCAAAGUAAAACAGAUUCCAAAGGUCAUAUAUGGUGGUCAGGAGGUGAUAGAAACACAGCAAAUGAUGUUGAGAUAACAGCAUAUUCUUUAAUGGCUCUACUGGAAACGCCUGGAGAUCAUACACCCAUACUUAAAUGGUUAAUACAGCAGCGUAAUGCUCAAGGAGGUUUCAAAUCAACACAGGAUACCGUAGUGGGUAUUCAGGCAAUGGUGAAAUUUUCCGAAAAGUAUAAAAACUUAAAUAAUGUUAAUUUGACUGUAAGAUAUCAUGCUGAAGAUCAUGAAGGAAUUGGCAUGCAAUAUAAUGAAUUUAAAGUGAACCAGGAUAAUGCCUUAAUUAUGCAACAGCAUGAGUUACCUAAAUCAACCCGCCACAUAAGUUUUGAGGUUAAAGGUACCGGUCAUUCCUUAAUACAACUUUCCUACCAAUACAACAUUAUUGAAGAAGCUCAAUUUCGUCACUUUUUAAUAAACCCCAAAGCAAAAAUGAUAAAUCCAAGUGAAUUGAAUUUGGAAAUUUGCUUUACCUAUCAAAUGCCUGCAGAAUUGCUAAAUGCUACUACCAAUAUGGUUAUAAUGGAGAUAAAUCUUCCUUCUGGUUUUCUUUCGGAUGCUGAAUCCAAUUUUGAUAUUGAGGACAAUGAAUUAAUCCAAAGAAUCGAAUCGAGAAAUUCUGACUCCACCAUCAUAUUGUAUUUUGAUAAUUUGCUGGCAAAUGUCAAGAAUUGUUUAAGUUUUAUAGCAGAUAAAAUAAGUGAUGUAGAUAAACUAAAACCGUCUGCGAUAAUUAUUUAUGAUUAUUAUAAUUUGAGUCGUUAUAAUACGGAGUUUUAUAGUGUACAAAAAUAAAUUUGGUUUAUAUUUGUUGAAAAA